AUGCACCAAAUGCACGGCCGCCGCGAUUGCCGAAUUGCGGGGGCCAUAACACUCCGCGUAAGAGGCAUGGAAAACGGUCACUGCUGCGGUCACAGGGGACAGUUACAAAGGCAGUCAAGCGGACAUUGGCGUGUAUUUCCUACAACUGCGCGGAUCCCUAGCUCGCAAAUCUACCACUCCAGUCUCGAACAACGUCAAUUUCAGGUUUUACAUCACGCAAUGACAUCGCACCAUCUACAUAAGAUUAUUCUCUCUGUCAAACUAUUCGCGGUUCUUGCCCAAUGUGCGCACCUUAACUACUCCGGCGAAGCCAUCACAACUCGAUUCUGGGACUGCUGUAAACCGUCUUGCGGUUGGAAAGGAAAGGCAGAUUUUACCAGACCGGUGUUGUCAUGUACGGCUGACGAUAAGCCUGCUGACAUCGCUGCUGGUACAGGCUGCAACGGUGGGACGGCUUUCCAAUGCUCAAAUCAGCAGCCGUGGGCGGUGAACGACACUCUGUCAUACGGAUUCGCCGGCACCUUCAUCACUACAGAGCUUACAGGUGGCAGUGUGGAGAGCGCGUGGUGUUGUGCCUGCUAUCAGCUGGAUUUCACCAGCGAACCACUCAUUGGAAAGAGCAUGAUCAUCCAAGCCUCUAAUACCGCCUACGACAUCAAUACUGCGAAUCGUUUUACACUUGCAGUACCUGGUGGAAAUACCACGUCCACCGAUGCAUGCGCCCAGCAGUAUGGUGUCGACCAAUCCGUGUUCGGUGAGAACAUGGCGGGUGUUAGUUCUAUAGACGGCUGCCAGAACCUUCCCGAGACACUACGAGCCGGCUGUCAGUGGAGAUUUGAUUGGUUGCAAGAUGCAUCAUUUCCAAGCGCAAAUUUCAAACGCGUCCUCUGUCCCACCGAAAUCACUAACAUAACACAAUGCGUUCGCGAUGACGAAAAGGUAUUAUCGGGUGAGGUGUCAUCGGCACAUAGCCUCACUCCAGCCUCAUACACUAUGGCCUCGCUUGCGGUUGUCCUACUCGGCGUACUUUCGAUAUAG